AUGGAGAGCUCCAGCGUCUCCACACUGACUCUGAUGGUUCUCUUCCUCUCUUGUUCUGCUCAGGAGGAUUCAGACGCUCUAUCCUGCCCAGAACACCAGGAGGGGUUCGACGACUCUUGCUACGAGUUUGUGGCUCUGCAGCGACCCUUCCUCAGCGCCCAGGGCUGGUGUGAGCGAGGCGGAGGACACCUCGCCUUCAUCCUCAAUGAUGAAACGCAGCAGUUCCUCCAGAAGCACCUGGACCCGGAGAAGGACUGGUGGCUGGGGCUGGCUCCUGCAGCUCCAAACCUCACGCUCGACUCCGCCGCCACCGAGGCUUUCAGUUCCCUUGCUUGGCUGGAUGGCUCAGAUGUCAGCUAUAGUAACUGGGUGAACCUGCCGGAUGGACAGGCAGCCUGUGGACACGUCCUGAGACAUUCAGGCUUCCAGUGGGAAGCUGCAGGGAACUGCAGCCAGGAACUCAACUUCAUUUGCCAGUUUGAUUCUGGGAGUUCUAUCGCAUGUGAUGGCCAAAAUGCAACAUUGCAGUGUGGUUCUGGUCAAGUGAUAGAGAUAGACGACAGCUUCUACGGUCGAAAAACGAUUCACUACUGCCGAUCCAGUCUCACAGCCUCGCCCGCGUCAUCCCAGGAGGAGUGCAGCUGGAUAGACGUGAUAGAUUCUGUAACAGCUGUUUGCCACGGGCUGCAGGCCUGCCAGGCUCCAGUGGAUCUGAGCUCUUUUGGUGAACCGUGUCCGGGGCUGGGGAGUUACCUUUCUGUAGAAUACCGCUGCAAACACGGGCUCCACUUGUUGAUGAGCAAGCUGGCGGCCGUCUUUGAUAACGUCACCAUCACUGUGAAGUGGCUGCUUCAUCCUUUUCAGGGAAACCUCACAUGCACACUGAAGGCUGGAGACGGACACACUAUCGAUCCUUACAGCCCAGAAGAGAUGGAGAGCAGCGUGAUUCACAAAUUCACCCAUCCUGGUGUUUUCAUGGUUCGGGUUGAGUGCUCCACCAGUGACUGGCAUGUUACAGCUCAGAGAGCCAUCACCAUCCAGGAGCCCGUUGGAGAGUUCGGCCUCAUUAAGUGCUUUAACAGAAACACGUCAACAGAUGGCACUAAAUGCAACGCACUUCAUGGUGGGCCUGUUCACAUCCAGGUCAUAGUGGAAGCAGGUACAAAUGUUUCCUACACGAUCCAACAUGAAGGCCGAGUGGUUGCAAACCUGACGGUGGAGAAAGGGAUCCAACCCCACAACAUCACACUGAGAGCAGGCGUGGUGGAGAAGCUGGGACACGGCUGCCACAACCUGAGUGUGACUGCCUCUAACAGGGUCACAGCCCACUCAGCGUCCUCUGGUGUGGAGCUGUGUCUGCUGGAGCCCGUUGAAGGCCUGCAGGCCUCGCUGAUGGCAGAGGAGGACGUGUGUCCAGACUCAGCUGAUCUGGUUAUCGGUGUAUCUUUGGAGCGAGGAGCCGCUGUGGAGCUGCUCUUCACUCUGACAGGAGCCAGAGACUCCAUCUCUGAGAGCAGGGACAUGAUCAACGGCAGCUUUCAGGCUUAUACGUUCUCCAGCCCCCUUGAAGGACUGUUGAAGGUGAAGGUGAAAGCUGUGAACGCCUUCUCUGCCUCUGAUGUGGACGUGGAGUUAGAGAACAUACUGAUGGCUUGCCGGGAUUACUCACCAGAUAAACCUGGAAACACAACAGCUAAUGUGAGUACAGACGACCUGGAGAUAACGUCUACUCCAGAUCCUGUGGCUGACUACAGUCAGAGUGUCACACUGAGUGCAACUGGAGCUGAAUCAUUGCCGGGAAAAGGACUGGCAUUUGAAUGGACAUGUAAAGGAAACUGCAAAUGUGCAAACAAAACAAAGGACGACACUCACGUUAUUGAAAAAGACUGCCUUCCAAAUCCCUUCGAGGUUUUUAUUUAUGAAUUAGCCGUGAAGAGAAGAACCUGGUUUAGGAAACCGGUCGAUCUUGCUUCAGCUUCAAAAUGCAUCACUGUUGCUCCAGAAGAAUUCACAGACAUCAGCAUCAGUUGUGACGAUUGCACUUCGUUAAACGUGAAAGACGACGUGAAGCUCAGACUGAGCUGUGAGACGACUUGUCCAGAUGUAGUUUGGUAUAUCGAGGAUCCCAGACCAUUACCGGAUGACCUCGAAAAAUGUUACUCCAAAUCAGGAAGGAGGCCGCCUAUUGAGAGGCAGGACGGCAACACUGAAUACGUCGUUCAUAGUCAACAUCUGAAGGUUUCAAGAGAAAAGUUGCACAACAUCAGUGUUGUUGCUUAUGGCAAGAACGAACCCGGUUUUGUGCGGUUCACUCUACCGAUACCAGAUCCUGAACCAACAGAACCAGUAGUAACUGUUGCACCAACGGAGCCCAGAGCGCCCUCCUGCAGCAUCUCUCCUCCGUCAGGAACGGUCCUCGAUGCUUUUGACAUCUCCUGUGCAGUGAACUCUUUCUGCUCCUCCGGCUGCAUUUAUUGCUUCAAAACAGACACAGGAAAACAUCUGCGCUGCAGCAACGCAAACGAGGUGAAAUCUGUCUUCCUGCCUCUCGGAGAUAAGAACAACAAUUACAGUUUGUCUGUUGUGGUGACUGUGAAAAAUGAACACGAGAAGGCCACAACAACCGUCUCCACUCAGGUACGACAGAGCAGCUCCAGUGUGAGUGUGGAGGCUCUCCAGAAUGCAGUGGAGGAUUCUGUGAGUCAGUUAGAGCAGCAGGGUCUUCUCUCUGGAGAGGCUCUCGGACAAAUAUUCACUUCUGUUUCUGACAUGCUGAACACAGAGGAAGACCAGGAUCAGAAGGAUGCAAGGACCAAGCUCAGAAAUCAAAUGCUGACCAAAAUGACGACAGUUCUUCUGGACUCACCCAGCAACACGACACAGGAAGUGCAGGUGACGGCCAGAGCUGUAGCCGGACUCACCCAGCGCCCCGACGAGCUCAGCCCCGCUUCUCAGGAAGAAGCAGGUUCCCUGUUGGUCGACCUCAGCUCCUCCCUCAACACCAUCAGCGUUAAUCAGGAUGAUGAAAGUGACGGAGAAGUCGUAGAAGCAGCUACACCGAUAGUCGAAGCAGCCAGUAAUAUUUUAAAUGUCUCAUCAAAUAAAAAAGUCUCAGAUUUUCUUCUUACUGGGAUAAACAAUGUCCAGAGUGCUCUGCUGAAUAACAAGAAGCUGAAUGGAGUCCCUGCCAUCAUAGAUUCUGGUCAGAUCAGUGUGUACGUCAACAGAGUGUCUCCAGGGACGAUGCAGAUGCAGGAUAUAAAUGUGCAGAAGAACAGCUCCUCCAGGUUUUCCUUCCCCACGCUGCCGGCUCACAUCGUCUCUCCAGAGGAGCCGGUGGAUGUCAGAAUGAUGAGUUUUGAGAAGAAUCCGUAUUCUUGGAAGGGAGGAAACAUCACAGGAACAGUCGGAUCGGUUUCUCUCACCAGAUCCAACGGCUCCGUCAUUACUGUCGAGAACUUACCCGAGGAGAUCGAGAUUCUCCUGCCGAGGCCUGAUGUGGGCCAGGAGAACAGCACCGUCCUGGACUUGGCCAAUUUCAGCACAUUAAUAAUUGACGUUCCCUCGCCGGAUGUAACACUGGUGCUGAAAAUGGAGCCGUCUGAAAACAUCUCCUUCGUGCUAUUCCUGGGAUAUAAAGAUUAUCCAGAUGAUAAGAAGUAUGUCGCCAAGACUCAGAUCCCUCUGGAGAAUGUAAAAGAAGAGGAGAAAUACACCUGGGUCCUGAGUCCCAAAGACAGAACAGGAGAAGUUGGAGAGCACUACCUAGUCAUGAAGCCGAUUGUUGAGCCAGGCGUCAAAUCCAUCAAUGCCACCGUCACUGUCAUCUCCAUCGCUGCCCAGUGCAAAUACUGGAAUGAAACCGAGUCUUCUUGGAGUGAAGAUGGCUGCAGGGUCGGCCCCCUAACAACCCCUCUGGUCACCCAGUGUCUCUGUAACCACUUGACUUUCUUCGGCAGCUCUUUCUUCGUCAUGCCAAACUUGGUGGAUGUUUCGCGCACAGCAGAACUGUUCGCUACGUUCACUAACAACCCCGUGGUGGUGUGUUUUGUGGGGGCCAUCUUUGCUGCUUAUCUCUUGGUGGUUGUGUGGGCACGAAGGAAAGACAUCCAGGACUCCGCCAAGGUGAAGAUAACAGUGCUGGAGGACAACGACCCGUUGGCUGAGUAUCAUUACAUGUUGAACAUCAGCACCGGGCAUCGGCACGGAGCAUCCACCUCCUCUCAGGUGACGAUAACCCUGCUGGGCACAGAGGGAGAAAGCGAGCCCCACCACCUGACGGACCAUGAGAAGCCAGUGUUUGAGAGGGGCGGGGUGGACAUGUUCCUGCUGACCACGCACUUUUCUCUUGGAGAUCUGCAGAGCAUCAGGCUGUGGCACGACAACUCGGGAGCACACCCUGCAUGGUAUGUCAACAAAGUCAUGGUGCAGGAUCUGGAGAGUGGACAGAAAUGGCACUUUCUGUGUAAUUCCUGGCUGGCUGUGGAUGUGGGAGAGUGCUGUCUGGACAAGGUCUUCCCAGUAGCUACAGAGAUGGAUUUGAAGAGGUUCAGUAACUUAUUCUUCAUGAAGACAGCCAAGGAUUUCCGCGAUGGCCACAUCUGGUUCUCCGUCAUCAGUCGGCCUCCCUGCAGCACUUUCACACGUGUGCAGCGAGUCUCCUGCUGUUUCUCCCUGCUGCUCUGCACCAUGCUGACCAGCAUCAUGUUCUGGGGCAUCCCCACUGACCCCUCUGAGCAGACCAUGGACCUGGGUCACAUUGAGUUUACCUGGCAACAGGUAAUGAUUGGCAUUCAGAGCUCAAUCAUCAUGUUUCCCAUCAAUUUACUCAUCGUGAGCAUCUUCAGAAACACUCGUCCUCGAGAGAAAGGCGCUAAAACGGACACGUCUAAACAAGGGAAGACUCGAGUUUCUCCCUCACAGACUUCUUCUCCUCAGAAACAGCUGAAGGACAUCACACCGGACACCGUGAUUAAGGACAUAAAGAGGAUUGCUCAGUCGCUCUCAAAGGCCAUGAAGAGUCCGCUGCCUCACCCGGAGCUGCGUCCUGGUCAGCAGGUGGACAUCAACACUCUGCUGUCUCUGGUGGAGGACAUCAUCCGGCAGCAGAAUCGUGCAGCAGGAGACUUUUACACUGAGGCCUCAAAGAUGGACCGCUCUAUGAUCCUCAGUUUACGUGCAGUUAAUCUACAAGAAGACAGUGUGUGGGGGAGCCCUGAGAAGACCUCAGAUGAAGUCCAGAAGAAGAGCAACAACAGCCGCUACCUGUACAAGCAGCUGCGUCACGUGGAGAAGGAGCUGGCUCUGUUGGGACCUUCUCGUUUCCCAAACCCCGACAGCUACAAGCGAGCCAUGCAGCAGGUUCAGGGCAUGAAGGGUCUCCUGGAGUACCACCUGCCCUCCUCCAGCCUGGAAGGAGACCAGCUGGACCGCAGCCCCAGUCCAGAAGACAGCGUCAACGGGGACUCCAGUAAGAAGUGCUGUCAGGGAGGUCUGCCCUGGUGGUUUGUGUUUGUGGGCUGGAUCCUGGUGAUGGCCACCAGCGGGGUGUCGGGGUACUUCACCAUGAUGUACGGGCUGACGUACGGGAAGGAGCGCUCCAUCAGCUGGCUGAUCUCCAUGCUGGUCUCCUUCUUUGAGAGUCUCUUCAUCACUCAACCUCUGAAGGUUCUUGGUUUCGCUGCUUUCUUCGCUCUUGUUCUGAAGAAAGUGGACCAGGAGGAGUUUGGAGAGCCUCAGAUAGACGACAGUCUGAGAAACACAGAUGAUCCUGAUGCGGUGCGUGCAGCCAGAAGAGACAGCACAUGCAGCUUCUACCAGCCGCCGCCUCCCACCGACAUCGAGAAGAUCAGGAACAACAUGAUUAAAGAGCAGAAAGUCUUCGCCCUCAUCAGGGAGAUUCUUGCCUACAUGGGAUUCAUGUGGAUGUUGCUGCUGGUGGCGUACGGCCAGAGGGACCCCAACGCUUACUUUCUGACUCAACACAUCCGGCAGAGCUUCAGUAAAGGGAUCUCAGACAGUCUGAGCAUUCAGGACGUGUUCAACUGGGCAAACACAACUCUGCUGAGCAACCUGUUUGGAGAGUACCCAGGAUUCAUCACAGAUGGAAACUCCAAGCUGGUGGGUAACGCUCGUCUCCGCCAGGUGAGGGUCCAUCAGAACUCCUGCCACGUGGUCUCCUCCAUGCAGCAGACUGGACGGGACUGUCACGCUCCGUACUCCUGGGAGUUAGAGGACAUGGGCUCCUACGGUCCAGGCUGGAGCCCCUCUGAGGCUGAUAACACCUCAGUGAAGGGUGACAGCCCCUGGAUGUACCAGUCCCAGGGGAGGCUGAGGGCCUACCCCAUCUGGGGCAACGUGAAGCUCUACAGGGGAGGAGGCUUUGUGGUGGAUCUGGGGCCAGAUUUACACAACUCCAGCAGAUCCCUUCAGUACCUUUAUGACAACACCUGGUUUGAUGUGUACACUCAGGCCGUCUUUGUCGAGUUCACUGUGUACAACGCCAACGUCAACCUCUUCUGUAUUGUCACUCUCAUGCUGGAGACCACAGGCAUAGGAGCGUUCCAGUUCCGCAGCGAGCUUCAGAGCGUUCGUCUCUACCAGUCGACCGGCGGCCUUCACAUCUUCGUCAUGGCCUCUGAAGCCAUCUACUUCCUCUUCAUCAUCUAUUACAUGGUUGUGCAGGGGAAGCUGAUGAAGCAGCAGAGAUCGGCUUAUUUCAGGAGUAAGUGGAACCUGCUGGAGUUGGCCAUUAUCAUCCUCAGCUGGAGCGCCCUCUCUGUGUUCAUCAAGAGGACUUUACUGGGGAAGCGGGACAUGGAGUACUACCAGAACAACAAAGACCAAUAUGCCAGUUUCCAUGAGACAGCGAAGGCCGACGCGGUGCUGGGGUAUCUGAUUGCCUUCCUGGUGCUGCUGGCUACAGUCAAACUGUGGCACCUGCUGAGACUGAACCCAAAGCUGCACAUGAUCACAGCCACGCUGCAGCGCGCCUGGACUGAUAUCUCAGGCUUCCUGGUGGUCAUGACCAUCAUGUUCCUGGCCUACUCCAUCGCUUCCAAUCUGAUGUAUGGCUGGAAGCUUUACUCCUAUCGGACUCUGCUGGAUGCUGCACAGACCAUGGUCAGCCUGCAGCUCGGCAUUUUUAACUACGAAGAGGUUCUGAAUUACAACCCAGUGCUCGGCGCUUUCCUCAUCGGCUCCUGCAUCGUGUUCAUGACCUUUGUGGUGCUGAACCUCUUCAUCUCCGUCAUUCUGGUGGCGUUCAGUCAGGAGCAGAUCCAUCACAAGCCGUCAGAAGAGGAUGAGAUUGUGGACCUGAUGCUGAUGAAACUCUUCAGUUUGUUCGGAGUCAAAUGUAAGAAACAAGGUGGCGACUGCCUCACUAACGAGAGGCCACUGGUUUCAUCUGCUUCAAAUAACGGACUCUCAACUGUUUCUUCUGGGAAUAUCUGUGAGGGUUGACGCUCCCACAGAAUGCUUUGCUUCAGUUUUUGCAAUCAUUGCUUUGCGACUGCAUAAUUAGCUUUUGCACAUCGAUAAAUUAUUAGCAUUUCUCUCUACUGCUGCAGAUCUGUUUCUCUUGUAGGAGAAGCUAAAACACUGAGGGGAAAUAGGAA